AUGCACGAGCACAAAUGUGGGUAUUUUUUUUCUCAUUAUAGAAAGCCUAGAAUAAACUCACAGUUGGUGGCACAACAAGUUGCUCAGCAAUAUGCGACCCCACCACCACCUAAAAAGGAAAAGAAAGAGAAAGUGGAAAAGCAAGACAAAGAAAAACCUGACAAGGAAAAAGAAAUCAGUCCAAGUGUUACAAAGAAGAACAACACCAAGAAGACUAAACCAAAGUCAGAUAUUGUGAAAGAUCCUCCUAGUGAAGCAAACAGUAUACAGUCUGGGAAUACAACAACAAAGACCAGCGACUCAAAUCACACUUCAAGACCCAGACUGAAAAAUGUGGACAGAAGUACUGCACAGCAGCUGGCAGUCACAGUGGGGAACGUCACAGUGAUUAUCACAGACUUUAAAGAAAAGACUCGCUCCUCUUCCACAUCCUCAUCUACAGUGACCUCCAGUGCAGGAUCAGAACAACAGAAUCAGAGCAGCUCUGGCUCUGAGAGCACAGACAAGGGCUCGUCCCGCUCCUCCACACCCAAGGGGGACAUGUCAGCAGUCAACGAUGAAUCUUUCUGAAAAUUGCACAUGGAGUUGUGGAAAACUAUGAAUCAGGGUAUGAAAUUCAAACACUCCACCUGCCCAUGCUGUUUAAAUCCUGGAGAGCCUCUUCUGUGCUUGAACAUACACUUUCUUGGACAUCGACCUCUUACUGAUGCAACCAGGAUAAUUUCUGCUUGCCAUGGGCAUCUGGCCACCAAGGAAUUUCGCACCCUGACGAUUACUCUUGACACUUUUAUGUAUUCCAUUGUUUUAUAUGAUUUUCCUAACAAUCAUUUAUAAUUGGAUGUGCUCCUGAAUCUACUUUUUUAUAAUAUCUGCUGUGCACAAUUUUCCAUGAACAUUACAACCUUUUGUUUUUGGAGUGGGGGGGGGGAGGGCAGGGGAAGGGGGCUUUAUUUAUUGCAUUCACAAACUCCAUCCUCUUUUUCAGCAUAUCCUUUAAGUUCAGUUCUUCCUCCAGUUAUACUCUGUACUAUCAGUUUUGAUAUAAAUUAUAUAUAAAUAUAUAUAUAAAUAAAUAUAUAUAAAGGGUUAUUUGAAACCAAUACAUGGAAACGCUGGUGCUUGAAACACUGUGAAGCGAAACAAUGAUAUUGAACAGUAAAGAUCUGGGACAGUCCCCUUCUGUGAAA